AUCGGGCGGCGUCGAGCUUGCGUCGCAGGGCUGCCCCCGAGCGAGUUGACCAUAUACAAGAUGAUCCUCACGCAGUGCGCCGUCUGCGCCACGGACCUUGGCCUAACUUCGGGCAAGAAAUGCGGCCGCUGCAGUACACGCUACUGUGGGCCUGAAUGCCAGGUGCAGCACUGGAAAGAGGGCGGCCAUGACAAGCUCUGCAAACCAAUUAAAAAAGCAGGCGGAGCUGAGCAGUACAACGCAAAUAAUAAAUACACGGAGGCCGUCGCGGAGGCCGUCGAGGCGUGCGCGGACGACACGAAGGGCCAGACGUGCUACAUCUGCACGCAGGCCCUCCAUUGGAAGACCAAGGAGGGCCUUGUGCGCGGGUGUUCUUGCCGCGGGACGGCGGGCGUCGUGCACGUGUCGUGCUUGGCGGAGCAGGCGAAGAUUUUGGUCGCAGAGGCCGAGGAGAAUAAUAAAGACUCGCAGUGGCAUCGGUGGCACACGUGCAGUCUAUGCGAGCAACAAUACCACGGUGUCGUGCGGUGCGCGCUCGGGUGGGCGUGCUGGAAGACGUACGUGGGGCGACCGGAGACAAUACGUGGGCAUCGGACAGGUGCGAUGACAAUGCUUGGGAACGGUUUAUCCGCGGGAAAACACCUCGAGGACGCGUUGUCCGUGAAAAAGGCCGAGCUGUCUAUUCUGCAGCGCCUUGGCGCACCGGAAGACGUCAUUUUCGUCGUGCAGGGCAAUAUUGCGGUCACGUAUGAAUUGCUUGGGCGGGGCGAACUGGCUAUCCGUUUAAAGCGAGACGUCUACUCUGGAAAUCUGAAGCUCUUUGGCGAGGAACAUUUUGACAGCCUCACAUCAGCCAACAACUACGCGUCGUCCCUCGUCGAACUAGGGCACUUCAAAGAAGCCAAAGCACUGAUGCGCAAAACGAUACCCGUGGUUCGACGUGUUCUUGGCGAGAAUCAUGAUCUCAUUCUCACAAUGCGAUGGAAUUACGCGGAGGCGCUCUACAAGGACGAUGGCGCGACGCUCGACGAUCUGCGCGAGGCCGUGACGACGCUCGAUGGCACGGGACAGACAGCGCGGCGCGUGCUCGGUGGUGCGCAUCCGAUCACAAAGGGGAUUGAGAGAGAACUGCAAAUGUCUCGAUCAGUGCUCCGUGCCUACGAAGAUACAGCGCCAGGCGUGAGCGGUAUCCGGAAGGCGGUGGAAGCGAUGACGGCGGGGGAUGCGUAAGAAAAGAAAAAC